AUGCUGAAGCAGAUAAUAAAGGGGACGUUCGAGGAAGGAGAGCAGACGACAACAAAAGCGACUAACUAUAAAAAGAAUGUAUCUGUCAACGGGACUACCGUUACGCUAGACUUGUGGGAUACAGCUGGACAAGAGCAAUACCACGCAUUAGGACCGGCCUACUACCGAGAUGCGGGUAGAGAUCAAAAUUAUUGUGGAUUGUAG